UUCAUAACACUUCAGUUUGUCUUGUGUUUUGUUUGUUUUAUGAUUAGGUAUGAUUCUGUGUGUGGCACAACCACACUGCUUUGAAACUACUCACAGGAAAUGAUGAGGCAGGGGCGGGCUUCUGUUUUUUUAUAGGAUAUACUUCCGUGAAGACAACAAGGAAGGUAGAAUUUUCACUGUGUAGUGCAGGAUUCAUGACAGCAAAACCUUACGUAAAUAGACGACUGUGGACUUAUAUUUCUGUUCAGUAUAUCAUCAAACCUCUCAUGCUCCAGGAGAGAUGGUCAGCAACCCAAAAAAAAGGACAUCUCAAGGUGAUUCAAAAUGAAACGUUCAACAACAAAACCACCACCAUUUGAAAAAUGGACUAAGGAAGACGUCCACAGGUGGCUGGUGACAGAGGUCAAAGUUCAUCAGACUUGUGCCGACAAAUUUAGUGAAGAGGAAGUGUUGGGAGAUUAUCUAGUUGCCUUUGAAAAGAGAGACAUAUUGGACUUAGGAAUAAAACACGGUCCUGCUGUCAAAAUCACAUCAGCUCUCAAAAGUCUGAAAGAAGGAUCAGUGCUUGAAUCAGAAUUCCCUGCAUAUGUGGAAAACUGGACAAAGGAGCAAGUGGCCCAGUGGUUACUGCAGCAUGUGAACGUGUACAGCAGAUAUGCAGAAAGGCUCCAGGAGGAAGAUGUUUCUGGAGAUUGCCUUGUUUGGUUCAGGAAGCAGGAUUUUCUGGAUCUGGAUAUAAAAAGUGGACCUGCUGUUAAGAUUCUGGCAGAACUCCGUCAGUUGAACAAGAAACCAGAGCCGACACUGCAACCCAUCCUUCACACCGGCACCGACCAGAAAGAAGAUCCAAAACCAACUCAAUGUGAACAGAGCCUGAUGACAGCAACCAUACAGCCGGAAUCAAAAACAGAAAAAAAGGUGGAAAAUGAAUCUGAAAAAGUUCUGCAGCCAUUUGAUAAAGGAGGAAAGGAGGAAAUACAACCGGCUAAGACACAGAACCUGGGGGCCAGGAGAAAAGAAACUGUGGUGAGACUGCGCACAGUCCCACCAGACGAAAGCAGGAUCACUGUGGAGAUCCAGAAAACUCUAGAGGAUCUCUCAAAAGAAGAUUUAAAACGUUUUCAUUUCAACUUAAAAGCAUACACCGAAUCCAAGUAUGGACCUAUUUCUCUGAGUAGACUGGAGGGCAAGGACACCAUGGACACUGCUAAGUUAAUGACUGACCACUAUGGAAGCAGGGACGCCCUACGAGUCACAAAAGACAUUCUCAAGGAAAUCAAUCAACGUGAUCUCGUCCGUCAGCUGGAAAAGAGCAUGGGUCAACUAGAGCUGCGUCUUCCAAAAGAAGUUUUGAAGAAAGAAGCUAACCAGGGUGACAAACUAAAGAAUUUGUUGACUUGUGGUGGGAACUCACUGGACAACUAUGACAGAUUUGUUGUUGUUGUAAACAAGAGCAGUCCAGAACAACUGCAGUAUCUCCAGUUUUUGAGCAAGCUGAAACUGUUCUGUGUGUUAGAUUUUGACCCCAACUCUAACAAUUCAGGUGGGCUGUGUAAUUCUUACAAAGAUUCAAGGGUGGCCAAUUUGCAUAACCCAUCACAAUAUCAAGGACAGACUGAAUCAGUGAUAAAGAAACUUAAUCUCUGUAAACAGACCAGCUGGGUCUUCUGCAAUGGCAGACAUGACCUUGAUAGUGACUCGAACAAGGAGUUAGACUAUAGGAACUGGCUGAGGAAAUCUUGCAGAGAUGUAGAGCAGUUGGUGUCAUUAAUUUGUAACCCUGAAGUUCUUCUCCAUGGAAGAAGUCUCAUCAUAUUCCUGCUACUUUCACCUGUGGACACUGAGAAAGACCCAGUCUUUGACACCUAUAAGUCUUUCAUAAAACACACUGGAGAGGAAAACAUAAUCACUAUUUGUGAAUCUCAGAGCAUAUAUUUCAAAUGGAGACAGCUGAUACAAGAAAAGUGUGACUUUGACAUUGGCUCUCUGUCCAUACAUGAACUAACGCUAAGUGAGAUUAAUGGUACGAUAAUGGCACUGGGACCAGUCAGUCAGUCAUCUGAAAGGCUGCUUCCCUCUUCUGGUUCCAGCGCUGUUGUCCUGAAACAGAAGGAUGGAGAUUUCAUGACUGCUUUGGAUAUUUUGUGUCUGAAUCAGUGUGAAAACAUCUAUGAUGAAAACAGUUCAGAGUUUAGUGACUUCAGAAUCAAAGUUGAGGAGGAAUUCUACAGAGGAGGCAAAGUCAAAUGGUGGAACUUCUACUUCUGUGACAAAGACAAGGCGAAACCAUUUGUCAAGCGGGACAAGUACAAAAAUGUGAAGAAGAUGAUAAGGCAGCUGAAAGAUUCAAAAAACAUGUGUGAUCUGCUCAAUCUGUUUCACCAUCCAGGCUGUGGUGGUACCACAUUAGCAAUGCAUGUGGUGUGGGAUCUCCGUCAAGAGUUCAGAUGUGCUGUGCUGAAAGACAACACACUGCCAAAGACAGAAGUUGCCAUCCAAGUCAGUAGGCUCAUGAAACUUGGAAAUGAGAAACCAUCUCCAGUUCUGCUGUUAGUUGAUGAUUCAAAAGAAACAGAUAAUCCUUAUGAUCUUGUGAACUGCAUACAUAAAGCUGCAGUGGAGGACAGCUUAGAUGUGGAUGACGCUCCAAACUGCAAAGUCAUCAUCAUUCACUGUGUUCGUUCCCAUAACCCCAUAGAGCAAUACAGAAAGCACAAAGAUCCAAUGCAGAGUCUAUACAUUACUGCUUCACUGACACCAGAAGAACAGAAGGAGUUUGAAAAGAAACUCAAAGAGCUCAAAGAAACUCAUGAAAAACCUGAAAACUUUUACAGUUUCAUGAUCAUGAAGAGUAAUUUUGAUGACAAAUACAUCAAUGAUAUUGCUCACAACACACUGAAGAAUGUAGAUUCCAGCUCAAAGGAGGCUAGACUGUUUACCUUUCUAGCUUUACUUAACACCCAUGUGGCAGAAUCUGAAAUCUCUCUCUCUCUCUGUGAAGAUUUUUUGGGGAUGAAAAUGAUUUGCUGGAAAGAGGACAGUGUAAUGGAAAGAAUGAAGCCAUAUUCAAACUUCCUCAUCAUUGACACAGUUGAGGAGCUGGGAGGAUACAAAGGAAUCCGAAUCCUUCAUCACUCCAUCGCUUCUGCAUGUCUGGCAGAGUUGGCAAGAAGCUGCAAUUUAAAAGUAAGUGAUAUCACUAUGGAGGUCCUUCAGUGUGAUCUGUUCUUCAGCGUUGGAGUUGUCAAACACAGAUUCAUGCUCUCAAUUCAAAGAAUGUUGAUUGAAAGACAGCGCAAGAAAGAUGGAGAAGAGAGAGAACCAUUUUCUCCUCUCAUAAACAAAGUCCACAGCCAGCAGGGGAGGCAAACUGUCCAAGAAAUCUUUGUGAAAGCAUCAUCCAGGUUUGUGACCAGUGCAUCUAUUCCUCAGGCAUUGGCGAGAUAUUUGUACAUCAAAGAGGGAGACCACCCAGAGGCUCUGAAAUGGGCUGAAAAGGCCAAGAAAAUUAAAGAAAACCCAUACACGUUUGACACAAUUGGGCAAAUCCACAAAAGCAAUUUAAAAUCUAACAACCAGAGAGAAAAGCAGGAGACAUUGCACAAUGCAGAAGACCUAAACACCAACAUUAAAAUAGCAGCUAAUGCUAUCACAGCAUUUAAAAAGGCUCAGGAGUUGGCAAGGACAUUGGAUGAACAUGAGGAGGAAGCUGCUGAUGAUGAGUCAGAUGACUAUCCCAGAAUGUCAUAUAAUGUUUAUGGCUAUGUGGGUGUGCUGGAAAUAGUUUUCCUGCUGUUUGAGAUACUGGGCAGACUGCCAUUCUUUGAAGAAAGUAAUCCAAUGAAGAAGAAGUAUUUGCAGAGUUUUCUGCAAAAAACAAUCCCAAUCACCAGCGUGUACAAGGAGGACAAUGAGACCAACAACAGAUACGAGGAGAUCAUCAAAGAACAUGAACAGUUUCUCCUCACUUUGAAAACUGAAGCAAAAGAAACGUUUGAAAUUCUUGGCGAUUACUUCACGUAUAUAAAAGCAAACAAUUCUGAAUUUGAUUCAAAGAAUCGUUGGACCAUCUGUUGUCAUUUUAAAAAGUACGUAAGUCUUUUUUGCACUACACGAGAGGAAAUGAGAAAAGAAAAACAAAACAAUCCUAAUCUCAAUCUAAAAAUCGAUGUUGAAGAAAAAAGAUUGUUUCUUGAGAAGAACCAAGCAGAUACAUUCACAGGGAUUCUUCAGCAUUUGGACAAACCUCCCGAAGAGAUUGAGAGGAUCACUGAGUGCUAUGCAUUCUUGCAACGGCAACAACAAUUUAUCAACAAACAACAAAUGACAAAGGAGACAAUCAACUACAUUUUGUCAAACAUAGUUCUUUACCUUUUGACACCAACAUCGAAACACGUGAAGCCUCACAGCGACCUUUCCGCUCUACUUUUGAAAACUCUGCAGGAUGUAGGACUUAGAUAUCUGUUCCCAGAUCCUUACUACCUGGCUCUGCUGUUAUUCUGGCCGAGUCCAACGGAGGUAAACACAGAGAUUGUGACGUAUGUGAAAGCAAUUCGAAACUCGUCUUACAAGCGCCUGACUCAGCGGUUUCCAAAUAGGAACACUGUUGCCCACCUCUACUUGGGAAAAGAAGACGGACUCAGGAGACUUGUUUCUAAACCUCAACUAGAUGAGAAUUUUAAGAAGAUGCGCCGUGACACCUUGGCGCAACUUUGGCGAAAUGGAGAUAUAUUUAAAGACAAACCCAUCAUCAACCGCCUUCGUCGAGUCAGUGGAACCAUUGAGCAAGGAGAAGUGUUUGCAAAUUAUGGAAACCUGAAAAUCCCUGUUCGUCCAGCUUUCUUAGCUGGUAUAAGAAGUGGUUACAGCACAGAAAGGGUUUCUUUCUACCUUGGUUUUGCUAUUAAUGGACCCCUUGCUUAUGAUAUCCAGUAUGACAACUAGGAUAUUGGAUUGUAAGUGCAAGACAAACACUGACACAUGAACUGUACAGUAAGAAAGAGAAGUGUGGCAGCCAGUGAUUAAUUUCAAUGGAUUUCGAACCCACCUUAUAAAAACACAACCCGAGACAAGCAAGACAGCUUGCAAAGGUAAAUGCCAAUCCUGUAGCUCUGGCUGUGUGUGUGUUUAUAUUCAUUUUAUUUCAUCUUUUCUAAACAUUCUGUCUUCUUUCUGAGGGUGUCUUGUUGUCUGUGGCACAUUCACUAAACGGUGUGCUAUUUAUUUAUCUGCAAGUACCAAUGCAGUACUUAAGGCUAGUUAAUUAUACAAACAAGCACUGAUACAUGAACUGAAUAAGUGUGGCAGCCAAUAACGGAAAACACAUAAACAUGAGGAAAUGAUAAACAAGACAGAUUGCACAGGUAAACACCAAUCCUGUAGCUCUAGAUGUUAUUGUGUAUUUGUUUUUAUAUUCUUUAUAUUUCUUUAUAUUCUUAUUCUUGAUGUCAUUUAAUCUUUUAUAAACAUUUGUUUUUCACUUUCAUAGGGUUUUUAUUGUUUCAUGCAGAUGUGGCACAUUCACCAAACUGUGUCCUCUUUGAUUUAUCUGCUAAUGUAAAUAAGCAUAGUUAAUUAUAGGGUAGUUCAAUGUACAAACAAGUGCAACACAAGCACUGAGACAUGAACUGUAACUGAUAAUCAGACAGAAUGCAGGGUUCAGUUCUAAUCCCACAGCUAGAACUGUAUGUACAUAUGAUUUUAUUUGUAUAUUUCUUUGUCAUUUUAUCUUUUAUAAACAUUUUGUACACACUUAUUUUGUUUUUGUUGUUGCCUGCUGCAGUUUCAAACUGUCUCUAUCUGCAAGAACAAACAGCAUAAAACAAUAUUUAAGACUGAUGGUAAAUUAUUUCUUAUUUUCUCAAAGACAGAUCGAGGAGCCCUGGAUCUCCCAAAUACCAACUGAGAACUACUGAGCUACCAUUAUGUUUAAUAUACAUGUUUUGUUUUUUUACUCUACAUUUUAUUAUAAACUUUAUUAAACAAUCUGUUGCCUUUGAGUGGAAAAUGAGCAAAAAUCAAUAAUUGCUGUGGACAUCUGAUUUUCUAUGAAGGACAUGAUCUUACCAAAUGAAUGUCAUAAAAUAUAAAUAAAAAUAAAAUCAUGUG